AAGGUCAUACUUCCACGUCUGCCAACCGGUAACAUCGUCCUCAACUCCGUAUUUCUCCACGCCGAUCUGACUGCUAGGCCAUACACGGCCCCGGACUUUCGAGACGCCAUCAAAGAUGUUAUCGACCUGAAAGACGUCAAAGCCACCGGACAAUUUCAGAUGAGUCAUGUGUGGAUGGUGACCUGCGUCAACGCCCUCGCCAAAGAGAAGCUUUGCAGUCGUGGUGAGUUGGUCGUGAAAGGCAAGAAAUGCCUUGUCCUUGACCCAGACAGCCGGGACCUAAAGAUCAAGCUUAUUUGGCUUCCGGACUACCUCGAAGAUAGGCGUAUCAUCGAAGCUCUGGCGCCUUACGGCACAGUCCGUAACAUCAGCCGAGGGAAAUGGCGGUGCCCCGGCAUGGAGCACAUGGACACCCUCAACAGGGAAGUUAACAUCACCCUGCAUGAAGGAAUCACCACGGAGAAAAUUCCAUUCCUACUUAAAGUGUAUGGAUGUCAAUCGCUCAUCCUUAUUCCAGGAAGACCACCCUUGUGCCUCAGGUGCAACAGGGUAGGACACGUCCGCCGACAGUGCAGAACACCGCGCUGCUCGGAAUGUAAACGCUACGGACACACCGCAGACGACUGCGUCACAACGUAUGCAAGCAAGCUUCGCGGAACGAUAUCCCAGGACGAAGGGGAACGGUCUGAGCUCCUGAUGGAUGUCUCGGAGGUUGUCGAUGCUUCGGGGCACACACCACCCGCAGAAGCUUUUAAGAGCCAAGCCGAAGGUGACCUACCAGCAGCAGUGGCCGUCCCCCAAACCACGGAAAACGAUCCAGAACUCCUCCCUGAACCAUCCCCCCCACCUGACGAUGAUGACGACAACUCGUCCACAACCACGGUCGUCGGGGAGGAUGCUACAGCAAGUGGAGACGACACCACCACCACCUUUGAGGUGGCACCAACGACCAUCGGGUUGGAUGCAGACGCGCUGAAGCCGCAAGAUCCUUCAGAAGGACUCGGCUAUCAGUCUGACACUGUUGUAGCUGAUGAAGGGGCUGUCGCAAAAUCGAGAAAAGAUAGGAAGCAGGUAGGAACCAGACACCAGCCGUAUCGAAAACAAAGUAGCCAUAAGACGCUUGAAGAUGGUCAUGAGGGGCUUUAGCUCACCCUAAUGCCCCUCAUAAAAUCCGCCCUGCCUUUGCAUUUUUUAACGUUAAAUGUGAGGGGCUUAAGGUCUAAAAGGAAACAGUACCAACUUCUAAGGCUCUUGAAUCACGAGCAUAUUGACAUAGCCGCAAUACAAGAAACGAAAUUGUCAUCAGAUGAAGACGUGGCAGAGGCUUUAGAGCCUUUUCGAAAGGA